UUAUAAUCAGAAAACUUUAUAUUUUAUAUGUGAAUGAUAAUUUCUUUAUAUUUAAAAAGAAUACAAAACAUGGAUUGCUGGAGGUAUAUUACCAGUAUACUAUUACUGCAGUGCCAGUUCUUAUCCAUUAAAUUAGCCACUGCCGAAUCCAAUUCACUAUUCAACAGUAAAAUAUAUAAAUGCGUUAAUCAUACAUGCAUUAUAAGCGAAUAUCAAAAUAAAAGUAAAGAAAGCAAUACUGAAAUUGUAGAGUCCAUAGAUGUUUGUCGUUUAACUUGCGGGCAUUAUGGAUCACUUUGGCCAAGGCCAACUAUUAUGACUACCAUAAAUGAUUCAGUAAUCAAAUUUGGACUCAAUAAUGUUGUUUUUAAUACAUCAUCGGUGACUGACGAACUUGGCAAAAAAUACAUCGCUGAAGUAUCUCAAGUAUUUAUGUUAUCUUUAAAAAAACUUUGUGAACCCCAAUGUAUUCCAAAAACUAAUAAUUUGACAAUUUUUGUGACUACAACUACUCCUUUCGCUAAUCUAAAAUGGUCAACUAACGAAAGUUAUGAUUUACAUGUUUCCACCGAUCAUUUGAAUCAAAUAACUGUUAAUAUAACAGCACAAACCGUAUACGGAGCUAGAAAUGGAUUUGAAACACUACGACAGCUGAUAACAACGUAUGAGCAUAAUUCUUCCGGAAAGACAAUAGUGAUAGCUGGAGAUGUACAAAUAAUGGACAAACCAAUGUAUUCACAUAGAGGAUUUAUGCUCGAUACCUCGAGGAAUUACUUUCCAAUAUCAUCAAUCAAAAGAACACUCGAUGCUAUGGGUCAUUCUAAACUUAAUGUAUUUCAUUGGCAUGCAACUGACUCCCAUAGCUUUCCUUUAGAUUUGCCUAGUAUUCCUCAAAUGGCAAUGUAUGGUGCUUACAGUCCAAAAAAAAUAUAUUCAUAUACAGAUAUCAAAGAUCUUCUAAGAUAUGCGUUAGUUAGAGGAAUUAGAAUUAUUAUGGAAAUUGAUUCUCCAGCGCACGCUGGUUAUGGGUGGCAGUGGGGUAAAGAAUCUGGAUAUGGAGAUAUGGUUGUUUGUUUAGGUAAACACCCGUGGUGGGAUUAUUGUGUACAACCACCAUGUGGACAAUUAAAUCCAAUAAACAACAAUACGUAUACAUGGUUAGGAAAAUUAUAUAAAGAUUUAGUUAGCAUAUUUCCUAAAGGAGAAACAUUCCAUAUGGGUGGCGAUGAGGUUGCUGUGAAGUGUUGGAAUACAACAUCUGAAAUCGUUGAUUGGAUGCAGACCAAUAAUCGAAGCCUAACUGAAAGUGCGUAUCUAGAUUUAUGGUCCGAGUUUCAUAGCAAAGCUUUAAAUGCAUAUGAUAAUGAAGUUGGCGAUUCUGAUUCGGAUAUAAUUGUUUGGUCUAGUGGCUUAACUGAGCCAAACAUAAUUGAAAAGCAUCUCGACAAAAAUCGAUACAUAAUAGAAGUUUGGUACGGAAAUGCACUUUCUGUAGAUUUAGCAAAUUUGGGUUAUAAGGUAGUCGUAGCUGUAGAAGAUAUAUAUUAUUUAGAUCAUGGAUUAAGGCCACCCACUACUUAUCAUUCAUGGAAAUUGAUUUAUAAUAACAAAUUACCGAUGAGUAAUAAUUCGGAUCACAUUUUAGGAGCGGAAACUUGUAUGUUUACUGAAUUUGUUGAUGAUUUCGGUCUGGAUAUUAAAGUGUGGCCAAGAGCUGCAGCUCUAGCUGAAAGAUUAUGGGCUAACCCGUCAACUAAUGCAUUAGCUGCUGAAUAUAGAUUAAUGCAACACCGUGAACGACUUAUCACAUUAGGACUCAGACCAGAUAGAAUGAAUCCAGAAUGGUGCAAUGACCGCGAAGGUGAAUGUAUUAUUAGUUAUUAAUGUUUAAAAGCUUCCAUGUCAAAAUACCACUGUUAAAAAUAUCUCCGUCACAAAAUAUCUCCAGUAAAAAUAAUUUUAAGAGAAAACAAUAAAUAUUUUUAAUGUAGAUAUUAUAUAACAUGUUGAUAAUAUAUAUAUAACAAGUAUUAAUAGUAUAUACAGAAUAAGAGUAUUUCCAAGAAAAAUCUAGAAAUAUAUUAUGUUUUUAAUUAUAACUUUUUCGAAAAAUUAAAAAAAUUAAUGUCUGGAGAGCCAAGUCCAAAAAAAAAAAAGGAAAAAGUUUAAGGACCAUGUCGAAAGAUUUUUGUGUUGUAGAGAAAUUUAUUGAAAUGACAGUUCUUCAGUAUGUAAGAGAAAUCGCUCAUAAUCUCAAAUUUUAAAGCUAUAUGAAGCAUGAGAUAAUUUUAAAUUUAUAAUAAAGAAUAAUAACAAUAAUAAUCAAAACUGAAAUAUUUUUUGCAAACAUAUUUUGUAUUGGAGAUAUUUUGAUGGAUCACCAUUUAAGAUAUGUACCCCAAUAAGUUAUAAUUACUAUACACCUGUAUAGGUACAUAUAAGUACCUAUUAAAUUGUAAUUAUUACCUAAUAUUAUUAUCAUUUUUAAAUCCAAUAAUAAUUUUAAAUAGUUAUAUUCGAUUGCAAAAAAGUUCACAGAAUCAAUUACUAAAAAAAAAAAAAACUUUUGU